AGAAGGUGGGAUGAUAUGCGCUGUAUCACUGGCGCAGCUUAAACAUACUGCCCUUUAUAAUUGCACAGGCUUUCUCUUCCUUGCAAUAUUUUCUUGUCUACUACAUAUAUAUUGACGUCUGGAGUCGACAUCCAACUUUGACUCUAGCUCGAAUCGAUUCUAAUAAAGAUAUUUAGAAUACACUAUCGACAGGGUAACCUGUACUAACGAAAUGGAUUCACACUUUGUUCUUAACCCACAAGAGCCGGCGUCGAAACCGGGAAAAUCAGAAGCGACACAAACAAGCCCCGGGCCGAUAGUGACGCUACCGUCCAUAGAAUCAAUCCAGCAGCCAUCGCGAUUUGACUUUUCAUUUGAACUACCACCCAUCAGAACUCCCGGUGAAAUAUCAUCGACAACUGAGUACCCAGCUUCGCUGACAACUCGCACGCUAUACCCACCAUCGCCAGAAAAACAACCCAAUCCCCACACCGAACCAGAUUUCAGCGAUGUGAAUCAGUUAGUUGCGCUAAUAAGGGAAAAUCCGGGUUUUUUCAAGCCUAUACCUAGUUCAGGAGAUAGGCGGUCCGUCGUAGAGACCUGGUACGCAUUUUUAAAAUGUCCUAUGCAUGUCUCUAACAACGAUCUGGAGCGAGUUAUCCGCAUGGAGCACUUCGUGGAUAAUGUGUAUCCUCGGAGGUUCUUCUACUUGAAAUCAUGGGCGCUUCGGAUAUGUGAUCUCGUUGUUUUGGAGAAUUAUCUGAAGAACCAGGAGAAGACGUUUGAAGAGUUACGAGUUUGGUAUCUGAUCUGUCGGGCUGAAGGACUAGGAGUAUCUGAUCGACUCAUCGUCCGAUAUAUUGGUUACUGCGAGUACGAAGACGGGCAGGUUCCACCUUCUCAUCCACGAUACGAACACCUUCAUACGCCUUUGAAAGGUGUACUCCCAGAAUUCCUAACGGGAAUAGAAGCUGUGCUACCAGAAGUCGCAGAGUCGGUUCAAACUCACUUACUUCCGCAUCAUUAUGGAGAGAAGACACCACUAAAACGUAUAGGCGCCGCCUGGAUUGAGUUCUUCGGUGUUGCAUCUCUUAUCAAUCGCCUUGGAGAUGAGAGCCCAGGACUGCUUCCGGGGGAAGUCAGAAUGUCAAAACACGGAUCUCUUGACUUUGACCCUGUUUCUUUAGCUAUUCUCCCCAGGACCUUAUCAAAUACACUAGAAGAUUUGUUUGCGAAAAUGUGCGCGAAAGUUCAACCAAGCUCAAUACCAUGCCCACGAAUCCCGCAGUUGGAAAUGAGGCCUUCGAGGAUUCCAGUCCUCCAAACCCAGUCAACACCUUUACUCUACAAGGGACUAAAGACACUGGUAGUGCUCGCCGGGAGAGAUACGUACUAGAACGACUUUGCCUCUUGUCGGCCAUUUUGGAGGGGCGAGAAUAGUGAGGCAGACUUGAUGAAAGACGUACUCAAGUCUAUGCCUUCUAUCGGGGGAAUUGAAACUACUGACUCUAGUUUAUACGCCUACUAUUGCUUUACACCGUCACCUCAACUUUCCGGCAAUGGAUUAGCUAAAGUAA